CUCGUUUGCUAGUGAGCGAUCAUCUUUGCCAUUCACUAGACGACCAAGAUGCAACAGCAACCGCCUCACCAUUUCCCGCAGCUUACGCCUCUGCAACAACAGCAACAACAGCAGUUUUUGCAACAGCAGCAGCAGCAGCAACUUUUACAGCAGCAACAAUACCAACAGCAGCAAAUGGCGCUACAGCAACAAAUGCGAUAUCAGCAGCAACAGUUGCAGCAGAGACAGAUCCAACAGCACCAGCAAAUGCUGCAACAGCAACAACGUGCGGCCAUGAAGAACCCAUCUCUAGAACAACAUCAACAGUUCCAGCAGCAGCAAUAUCAACUUCAGCAAAUGCAAAUGCAGCAACAGCAGCAACUACUUCAACAUCAACAGUUACAACAGCAACAGCUGCACCAGCAGAUGAUGGCACGUCCAAUGGGUCUUUUGCAACAACAAGCACAGCAGAUACCACAGCAGCCACAACAAGCACCGCAAUCAAUACCACUACAAAUGCAGAUGCAGAUGCAACCAACCCCUAUAUCAGGUCCGCAUCCAAUGCAAAAUAACUUAGUGCUCCAACAACAACAUCAACAGCAACAACGAAUGCUUGCACAGAUGCAACAGCAACAACAACAGCACUUGCAUCCCAGCCAUGCUAGUAAGCAGAGGCCAAACGGACUUUCAGGAGUACCAGGGAUGGCAGGUACUUCAGGAAUACAAAAUAUACCAGGGAUGACAGGCACUACAGGGAUACAAAGUAUUCCAGGAAUGCCAAGUGGUUCUGCGAUGCCAACCAUGCCAGCCAUGCCAACCAUGCCUGGAGUAUCAGGAGUGACGCCUGGAGUCGGGAAGGUCCCUGGUACAACAAGCAUGCCAGGUGUUCCAGGAAUGCAGACAAUGCCAGGACUUCCUGUUCGUCCAUCAAUAACGCCUCAUGGCACUCCUACGCCUAUGCCGCCUGCAAAGGAGUACGACAUAGAUAUCAACAUGGAGGUCGUUCAUGCACUUCUGGAUUUGAACAAAGAGUUAAUUUGCGUCUGUCUGGAUUAUCAAAAUAGUAAUCUGAUCAGUGAUCCUGAUUUCGCAAGGUAUCAAGCUCGCCUUCAGGCUAUGUUAUCGUACUUAGCCACAUGGACAGAGAUCAUCAAGGUGCUACCACUAACAAAAGAACCUCCAUCAAAGCCGGAUCUAUCACCACUUCCUCCAGCACGAUUUCCUUCUGCAGUACGUGCGAUGACAGCACUUCCGAAGGUGGCUAUCGCCUUUGCGGCAGCACAAAAGGCCUUGUUACAAAAGCAGGGGGAAUUGAAAAAAGAGGCUACAGAUACAGCGGUGAAAUCUGAAACAGAAACAUCACCAGCAUCUAGUAGCACAGGAGUAGUACCAAUCUCCGCUUCCGUAUCGUCUGUAACAAACGGAGUCGCAGUGAGCCCUGUGGUAUCAACCGCACCUAUUGUAGCUACAUCUGUUCCACAAAAGACAGCAAGUAAUGCAGGAUCACCCGCGUCGCCUGCUCCUUAUUGUGUAUCCAUAAUAGGGGAUCAAUCAGUUGCAACACCAUCACAACGACCACUACCUAAUAUGACCCCCCAACAGCAAGUGCAACAGACACAGUCGACACUAGAUAUGCCUACAAGUGUCAACUCUUCGACAGCCUCCUCGUCUACGCCGCAGCCCAGCAUAGUUACCCAACCUCCCUCUUCAUCAAUGCCUCCAGCGAUACCACAAAGCCCGACCAUUACCGAUACAUCCACAACCCCACAAACAUCAUCGACGGCAAAUAUGCAGUCCAGUGGAAUUCCAUCGUCCCCUGCAUCAACUUCAGCUGCUCCCAUGCCACCUACAGCUCUGGUAAUUAAUGCGGUUAAGGCUCAGACAGGCCCCAACUCUGUACAGUCAUCACCAUCUUUAGGUGGACUUGCGCACUUGAAGCAAGGAAGCAGCACAACCGGCAGUCCUGCAUUGGCUCAAGCGCAAAUCCAAUCACAGCCCCAGACACCACACUCGCCUUUAGGCAUUCACAAUCCCAAAUCACCGGCACCACAACCUCUUCUUCCACAACAAGUACAGUCUCUUCAACAAAACACUGCCGGAAGUAGGAACAGCUCCCCUAUUGUUUCAAACCAAACUCUCCCUCCUCAACGCGCUGGUGCAGGAUCAGCAACACCAUCACCAAAUGUGUCACAUGCAGCGAUUCAACAAGAUGCAGCCGGUCAACGAGUUGCAUCACCCACUACAACAUCUAUGGCGAGUCAAAUCGGAUCAUUAACCGCCCCGAUGUCAUUUACAGUACCAUUUCAAUCUCACACCCCAAGUCCUACGACAGUUCACGCACGACCUGCCAUGGCUCCCGGACAACAUGUAGCACAAGCCGCUCAGCACCAGCAACACCUAAUGGGCAUGGGCAUAGGCAUGGGCAUGAAUAUGAACAUGGGCAUGGGUAUGGGUAUGGGUAUGGGUGUUGGUGUACCCAUGGGUAUGCCUUUGAACGCCAUUGGCGCUACUUCUAUGAGCCAAAGCAUGCCGAUGUCAAUACCUAUGCAGGCACAGAUGCAGUUGCCCAUGUCCGGACCUAUGCAGGCACAGAUGCAGUUGCCCAUGUCCGGACCUAUGCAGCUCCCAUUGACUGGCAGACAUAUGCUGGGAGGCCAAGGAAGCGGUAUUCAGAUGCAACUAGGACCUCAUCAGCAGCAUCAAUUGAACAACAUACAUAUGCAUAUAAUGCAACCACAACACCACCAACAGCAACAGCAGCAGCAACAACAUCUUCAACAUCAACAAGGACUGCAGCAACAACAGCAGUUGCAAUUACAACAGCAGCAUUCUCGGAGCCGACAAAAUAGUCCCAUGAUGAGCCCUGGCGUAAACAGUCCCGCGGUCUUUAGUCCCACACCUGGGAUCAGUCAAAGUCAUAGCCCUAGUCACUCAGGAUCCAUUGAUCUAAAUCCUCGCAGUAAUCUGAUGUCAAGCAGUAGCCAACAAGGAUCACCGGCGCCCACGGCUUCCAGAGUGGCUGGAAUACAGUCACUUCCAGGAUCACGGUCAGGAUCUGUUGAUUUAUCACAACAACAACAACAACAGCUCCAGUCGCCUCAGCAGAUCCCAGGUUCAUUGACACCUGGGGGAACCUCGUUCAAUAGCGGCACUAGCAGCCAUCAGGCCAGUUUGCAAGGCAUGUCUACUGUUGGUCAUAUUAACAGUAGUGGUGGCGGCAAUAAUAACAAUAGCGAUAACCACAUUAACAACGACUCCAGUAGUAACAUCAACGGCAAUAAUAAUAGUAGCAAUAACAGCAACCGCAAUAUAAAUACAAAUUCCUCAGGAUUAGUGACUUCUUCAACUUCUAUGGGUGAGGAAGGCGAAGACCUGUUGAAUUUGGAUAUGGGGAUUGAGAUGGAGGUGAUGGAUAUGUCCAUGUACACUAAUGAGGACCCUAGUACCAGUGAUUCAGCCAACAAUGACGACGAAUCUAGCAGACUUGGAACGGAUAUGUCAGGAUCAUCUGUGGGAUAUGGAAAUAUUCAGGGCCAGGAUCAACAGAAUCAGCAGCACCAGCAGCAUCAGCAAGGUGGUCUCGAAAAUCUGGAAAUGGAAAGCAUGGUUAACGACGAUGAGGACGAUGUAAUGAGUGGAUUUUUAAACUUGUAG